CAGCCCAUACUAAAGACAUGGUAAAUUCUUUCUUGUUCAGUCCUGCAGGGUUCUAACAUUCCCAAUGAAUAAAGUGAUGCCAAAACCCACAAGAGAGUUUAAUUAUCAGUGCAAACCAAACUCGAUGGAAAUAGCGGCAGAGUCGUCGUCGGCGACGGAAAGUGGGUUAACGGAGAGAAGGGGAAUACCAGCGGCGUCAUUUGUAGAAGAUGUUCAGUCCUAUCUCAAUCAUUCUGGUCUCGAUGUCAACUCUGCUCUUUCCUUUCUCCAAGAAAGACUUCAGCAGUAUAGGGUGGUUGAAAUGAAACUUCUGGCUCAGCAGAGGGAUCUUCAGAUUUGUGGAGAGUUUCUCUUAUCCUUGUUUCAUCUAUGCCAGGCAAAGAUUCCUGAUAUAGAGAAAUGCUUGGACAUAGUUGCUACCUUGCAAGCUAAAAAGGGCAGUGGUGAGGCACUAAUUGCUGAUUUUGAAGUGUCAGAAGGGAUUUAUUCUCGGGCAAGAAUUGAAGAAUCUGAUUCGGUGUGUCUAUGGCUUGGGGCAAAUGUCAUGCUGGAGUAUUCAUGUGAAGAGGCUACUACCCUUCUUAAGAAAAACUUGGAAAAUGCAAAAGCCAGCUUAGAAGUUCUUGUUGCCGAUCUACAAUUUUUGAGGGAUCAAGUGACAAUCACUCAGGUCACGAUUGCCCGAGUAUACAACUGGGAUGUGCAUCAACGCAAGUUUCGACAAGCUGCCAGUCCAAAAGAAUCAUUAUAAAAAUCUAUGUACGUGGUACUCACUUUUGCUGCAAAGAGUACGAGUUAGAUCUUUGUUCAUCGUUUUAGGUAAGCUUUGCACACUCCUCUAGCAGGAUCCUGGAUUAUUAUUCAGACCAUCAGUUGUUGGGCUUGUAGCAAUUUUGUAAGAAAGCAAAUGUUUAUUGGUGAGUGUGUAUUUACUAGAUGGUUAGGAGCAAAAGUAUAAUAAUACAAUCUGUCUAAAAAAAAAGUAUAAUGAUACAAUUGUUUGCAAAGAUUGUCAAAUUGUGGUAUCACCAUGUUAUAUUGUUUCCUUAGGGGGCUUGUCUCUGGUCAUUGUACUCCAAAGAGAUGAAUGAAUAGCUCCAGUUUGUCUGACUUUAUUAUCUCA